CUCUUCCUUGUCUUUUGGGGUGGCCGAUGGGGAGUCUCGGGAGGAGCCCAUCCGGGCUGGACCUCACCAUUGGUGUUCCUGGUUCGAGCUCUUCUUCUUCUUCUUCUUCCCCAGUUUGGUCUGCAGCGGGUGGUGGUGGUGGCAGCAUGAGGGACUUGGACAUAAACCAGCCAGCUUAUGGCGGAGAGGAGGAUUACCCCAUGGGAAGCGUCGACGAAGAGGAAGAGGAGGGCGGGACUCCCAGGCCCAAGAAGCUCCGGCUCUCCAAGGAGCAGUCUAGGCUACUGGAAGAGAGCUUUACGCAGCAUCACACCUUGAACCCUAAGCAGAAGGAAGCGUUGGCGAUGAAGCUGGAACUGAGGCCGCGCCAAGUGGAGGUGUGGUUUCAGAACCGCAGGGCCAGGACGAAGCUGAAGCACACGGAGAUGGAGUGCGAGUUCCUGAAGCGGUGCUUCGGGUCGUUGACGCAGGAGAACCGCCGGCUGCAGCGGGAGGUGGAGGAGCUGCGGGCGCUGCGGGUGGCCCCGCCCACCGUGCUCUCCCCCCACACCCGCCAGCCGCUGCCGGCCUCGUCCUUGACCAUGUGCCCCCGGUGCGAGCGGGUGACCGCGGCGCCGCACCUCGCGCCGUCGUCGGCAGGGCGCCACCCAUUCCGCCGUCCCGCCACCCUGCCUUUCGCCGGAAUCGCGGAUGGCUGACCGAGAUCGUGUGGGAUAAGCUUUGUACAUGAGAGACGCACAGGUGUUUUUCCCUCUCAACACCUCUUCGUUGCUCUGUUUGCUAUGUCUAAGGUUCAUGGAACAUCAAAGACUUCCUGCAAAUGUGUUCUACUAGUCACUCUCUUCAUCUCCAUUUCAAAGUGCUAUCAGAUAAUGUUAGAACAAGAAGAAUUCAUCCCCCACUGCUUUCCCGGAAGCCAUUAUGCAAGAAUGAGUUGGCUGCUACAAGAACACAUCCUGGAAUGCAGCCUUUUCAGUGACAAGAUGGGAGUAAUAUUGGUUGGAGCAGCUUGUGGUACAUAUGGUCCUUGCGAUCACCCUUGCCAUCAGCUUCUGUGGAAAUCGUAUGAUUGUGGCACUUAAAUGGACCUCAGUCACAGCCAACUCUUCUUUGGCUUUGAGAAUCAUCCAUCACCCAACUAAAUUCUCGAUUGCUUUGUGUGUGUAGUGUCUGUCAUAGCAUGGGUAUGAAUAGUCAACAUGAGCUCAUAUGGUCAAUUUUAGCAAGGGUUACGUUGACUGUGUAUUAUUUGUAUAUUGUCGGAUGCGGAUUCAAUUGCAUACAAUCCAAAGUCCAAUAAUUUAUCGGGUACGUGAGACCUCCA